CUAUGCCGCCCAGACCCAAUACGUCGAGGGUGUCCAAUAGAGGCAAAGGCCGGGAAAAGAGUAGAGUGAGGUCACGAAGUCAUUCACCAGCUGCCAGUGUUGCCGAGUCCGAGGCGAGUCAUGCUACAUCAGAGGCCCCCGUGACUGAGACUGGGAGGGCCGAGGUCCAGGACAGUGAUGAUACAGACCGUAGCAGUGUGGCCAGUCAGAAGACCAAGAAAGCCAAGGUGGUGACUGACUUAACUACAGAAGAGGAGGAGUCCAUGGUUGAAUGGCUAGAGGCCUACCCCAUCUUGUACAACAAGAAGCUCCAAGCCUACAAGGACACUGCCAAGAAGGAGAGGCUAUGGAUGGAAAAGGCUACUGAGAUGGGGAAGUCUGUGCUCGUCCUGAAAACCUGGUAUACCAGUCUGCGAAGCAGGUUUGGGCGUCUUAAGAAGAAGUCUGGCGACGAGGCCACCGAGGCGGAGAUGACUGAGAGGGACCUAUGGAUUGUUAGACGGUUCGAGUUUCUGUGCCCUCAUAUCCAUGAGGUCCAGAGGAAAACCACCGUCAGUAUGAAGCAGAAGUUAGCUGCUGCCUCUGCCACCUCUACUGCCUCUGGAAUGGUUGAAGACGAGGACGACAAUGACACCAGCAGACCACCACCAGCUCUCACUCCAUCCUCUGUCGUCUCGUCUACGCCCAGAAGCAGGCAGAAGCAGAUCUCCACCGAGGCAGAAGCAGCUCUCCUGGCGAGGCUAGAGGAGCACAGCCAGCAGAUGAUAGCCCUCCAGCAGCAAAUAAUGGAUAGAUUGAAGCCCAGCGCUGACAGGGAAAGAGAAGCCUUUGUGGACUGGAUGAGGUCCGUCAUCCUAGACCUGGACCACAGCAUUUGGCGGCGCUGCCAGCUUGACAUAAGCCAGAUCCUGUACAGAUACAUUGGCGAGAAUGAUCAGUUGAAAAUACUGGCAGCAUUAUCUCAUUCAGCAGCACCCACCCCAUCAACAACGCAAUUCCUCAACCUGGUUUAUAAAGUAGAGCCCGACGCUCAGCAGCAACAGCAGAACCAGCAGGAGCAGCAGCAGUGAAUUGUGUGUUGUGUAUUGUGUAGUGUGCUCAAAGACAUAUUGUAAAGAAUGAAGGAAAUUAUUUAUUUAACAACACUCAACACAUUUAAUUACGGUUAUAUGGCGUCGAACAUAUGGUUAAGGACCACUUCAUGGGCUACUCUUUCCGAUUAGCAGCAAGGGAUCUUU